AUUUCAAUUCACACUCAUAUCUUCAAUUCAUCUAUUUCUCUUCAAUUCACUAACAAUCAUCUGCCAUGGCCAGAACCAAGCAGACGGCGAGAAAAUCCACCGGAGGAAAAGCUCCAAGGAAGCAGUUAGCAACGAAGGCCGCCAGGAAAUCAGCUCCGGCCACAGGAGGAGUCAAGAAGCCGCAUAGAUUCCGUCCUGGAACCGUCGCUCUCAGAGAGAUCCGCAAGUAUCAGAAGAGUACCGAGCUUCUUAUUCGUAAGCUUCCAUUUCAAAGGUUAGUUCGUGAGAUCGCUCAAGAUUUCAAGACAGAUCUACGUUUCCAGAGCUCUGCUGUUGCCGCGCUUCAGGAAGCAGCUGAAGCUUACCUUGUUGGACUCUUUGAAGAUACGAAUCUCUGCGCUAUUCACGCUAAACGUGUCACAAUCAUGCCUAAGGAUAUCCAGCUUGCUCGUAGGAUUCGUGGUGAGAGGGCUUAGAAUUACUUGACCUAAACCUAAUUGUUCUGUUCUAUUGUUCAUCAGUUAGUUUCUAUUCAGUACGAUUUGAAGGAAAUUUGUUCAAUAUACAUCUCCGUUUUCA